CUACCUCGCCUCCCUCCUACUCGGCCGAAUGUCUUGACCCCAUCGCCGUCAACCGAAGUUUUAGCCUUGGCCGGCUCCCCGUUCUUUGAGAAGCUGCCGGCGGAGCUGCGACGCGAGAUACUCCUCAUAGCCUUUGGAGACAGCACGGUGCACAUGGACCUGUCAUUUGUACACCCUUUCGCCCCUCAGAAACCUGGAGAGCGAAAUACCCGCCACGCCGGUAUCGAUCCCUGCUGCAUCUAUAAUACCAGAGCACCCAAAUCUUGGCAGUGGUGGAGCUCUGUGUGUCAUCGUGUUAUGCCUGAUAAUGAAAAGUGUUUUUUCCGCAGGUCUAACCCUGAUCAUCCAAAGCUGGGGGAUGACCGUUGUCGUUAUGGAGAGGCACUUUACUGUCAAAACCAGUGUGGGCUAUAUCCAUCCAAGUGCAAGAUUGGGAUUAUGGGAUGGCUGUUGUCUUGCCGCCAGGCCUACGUGGAAGGAAUCGACGUGCUUUAUAGAACAAACACUAUUCACAUGUCGGGUCCAGCUCUCAUUCUAAAUCUCCCUCAGCUAUUACCACCCCAAAGACUCGCUGAUAUUACGUCGCUUGAGGUUAUCUGCCCGCUCAAACCACGCAGAGGCGAUUUUGACACAAUCCCGGAAGUACGCCCUCUAGACAAUUAUCUCACUGCAUUGGGCUCCAGUUUACCAAACCUCACCCGACUAUUCCUAGCCCUCAAGACAAACCGGUGCAUCCCUUAUCCCAUGAAUAUGCAGAGCGUCUUCGAGCUUCUUGACGCAUUCGCCCUUAAGGCAGGUCUCAGAGAGUUUACCGUGUCGUCUUCAUCUAGUGUAUUCACGCCGCUU